AUGUCAUCAACACCUUCUUCAUCUCCAGGCAAAAGAUCGGUCUUAUCACCUAAACCUACAAACUUUACAUCACCUUCCAAAAGGAAAUAUUUUCAACCAUCAUUCAAUCAAAAUUCACCCAAAAAAUCAAUAUCAAAACCCUCAACACCCUCAAAGCAACGUAAAACGCCAACAACUCUAGGAUUCACUAUUUGGGAAGAUAAAACAAACGACAAAACCAAUUCGAGUGCAAAUCAUGAUAUAGUUGGAACAACCACAUCAAAUAAAUUAAAUCAUAAUGAUCAAGAAAAUAUUCUUCAACCUAAAAAGUUGAUAAACAUACGACCUUGCUUAACUCGUAAACCACCUUGCUUAACUCGUAAACCAUUGAAUGAUUUAAAUAUAGCAGACUUCAAAGGUUUCAUCACCCGAGAUAACGAAACUACUCAAUUAACUGAGUUAUAUCAACCCCCAAAUUUCAACAAUGAUUUUAAAUCCCUACAUAAAUUUAACAAUUUACCAUGCUUUGUCACUCCAACUAAAAAGGAUAAAUAUUUAACAAAAUCAUCGUUGGAUGAUGGUCAUAUUGGAGUGAUUAACUUUGAUAAAUAUUACGUUAAUAAGCACAGGAGAUCUUUAUCUCUUGGUCAGAAUGAUGCUAAAUUAGAAUUGAUCAAAAAGAAUGGGUUUACCAUAAUGUCUAAUUAA